CGACGACCGACCGACUUUGCCUCUCGCCUUCCUUGAUCAUCGACGUUGCUCCUUCUCAUCGCUCAGGCGCCUUCAAGUUCGCACUUUCUCCAUCCAAACCGUCGCCGCAGUUGUGUCUUUCCUAUUGCGCCGCAGCGAUCGCACCUUCCUCUUGCCGUAUCACACAUAUCCCCGAUAGCACCUCUUCCGCCAUCUUCGUCGCUAUGGCCGCAAACGCUGGAAAUCAGCCUCGCCCCUACGCUCAAGCCGCUGCCCAACAGCAGACUAACGGUGGUCCCCCAAUGCCUACUCCAAUGCCAGGCGCCGUACCUCUACUCCCAAAUCAAGGUCGUAUCAUACAGCAGGGACCCAUACGGGUUCUGUGCAUUGCAGAUGUCAGAGGCAACCUUCGUUCUUUGAAUGAGCUCGCGCGUGAGGCAAGGGCUAGCUACAUUAUUCACACAGGUGACUUCGGUUUCUAUGACGACCGCUCGCUAGAUCGCAUCGCAGAGAAAACUCUACGACAUGUCGCCCAGUACUCGCCGCUACUUUCAGAGUCUGUCAAACGCCAGAUUGCACAGUCACCGCCACAGCCGUCGAUUAAGGACAAGAUUCCAAGAGACCAACUCCCGCUUUCAGAGCUGCCCUUAUUUCUGAACGGAACGUACAAAUUGGACGUACCCGUCUACACAGUCUGGGGAGCAUGUGAAGAUGUGCAAGUCCUAGAAAAAUUACGGUCCGGAGAAUAUAAAAUCAACAACCUAAACAUCAUCGAUGAGGCAAACUCUCGAUUACUCGAUAUUGGAGGUGUCAAGCUACGACUCUUAGGUCUUGGUGGUGCUGUAGUCAUGCACAAGCUAUUUGACAACGGCGAGGGCAGGACGACCAUUGCCGGAGGUCAGGGAACUAUGUGGACGACGCUGCUGCAGAUGGGCGAAUUAAUCGACACGGCAAACCGUGUCUACGACCCUACGGAGACUCGUAUAUUUAUCACUCAUGCAUCGCCAGCACGUGAAGGGCUACUAAAUCAGCUGUCUGUCACACUCAAGGCAGACUUCUCGAUCUCGGCUGGACUUCACUUCAGGUACGGCAGCUCGUACAACGAAUUCAGCGUAAACCCUACACUAGAUCACUACCGCGGGAAGCUUGCCGCUUCACAUGCAUCUUUCGAUGACGUUUGGCAGACCGUCAAGAAUGAAGUAGAACCGGCGGUAGAAGAUAACGAAUCCCAGAAACGCCUCCUGUCAUACGCGCUAGAUCUCGUUUCGAAGAUGCCUCAAGUAGCAAAUGGUGGUAAUCCUUUCGGCGGUCAGUCGGCACCAGGCAGCGGCACCAUCGACGAGAGUGCAUUCAAAAACAUGUGGAACUUCAACUUGGCGGAUGCAGCAUAUGGCUGGCUUGUGCUUGACAUUGAGGGUGGACGCAUCGGUACCGAGAUGCGGGCCCAGGGCUUCAACUUCGCACACCGUGGUGGAAAAGCACAACAAAGUGCGCCUGCAGUACCAGCGCCUACAACAAGUGCACCAACAACUGGAAAUACACAAGCCCCGUCCUCGCAACCACCCCCUUCACAAUCAAGCCGUGCGCCUUCCGGUCCAACCACGCAGACCCGUCCAACAGGCCCUCAGCCGGCACGAUCACCAGCACCCGCAACGCCCAAGGAGCCAGGCAAAUCAACAACUCCUCAACCACCAGCCACGUCGACGGCCUCGCAAGCACCAGUUGAGAAGGAGGCCAAGACCAACGGUACUGAAAAAUCCGGUGACUCUUCGAAAGAUCCACCUCAGGACCGCAAACCUGUCCAAGCCCUUUUUAUUCGCAACGUCAAAUCCGAUAAUGAUGCAUGCAAUUUAGUUGCCGAGGAGGACCGAGCAAAUAUCGACCACGUCGAGCAUCGCGGUUCCGCAUACAUUGUGCAUUUCAAGGGCCACAAAGAGAUGACUGAUGCAUUCGCUCGUCUUCCUGCUGAACUCAAAGAGCGCCAGAGUGACCCAAGCAAGCCUACCGUAGCUGUGUACCGCGAACCAGCGCACCGCGGUGGUGCGCCAAGAGGAGGUGCAGCCGGUAACUGGGGUCCCAGACCGGCGGGGUCAGCUCCCGGGUAUCGGUCUGCGAGCGAUUCGGAAGGUGGCCGUGGAGGGAUGAGAGGCGGACGAGGAACAAGAGGCGCGUCGAGAGGUGAUAGAAGUGGACGUGGCGGACGAAGUGGGGCUGGAGCUCGUGGAGCCUCCGGAAAGGGCGCUGAAAGUAGUGCAACUCCGAGCAACGAUUCAAAACCUGCACCAUCGGGAGGUGAUUCUUAGGUGACUUCCUAGUCAGUAUGACCGCGGAUACGCACUAAGCUCGACUGCUGCGGCGCAUCGGCUUUCUCUGCAUCGGCGCCUGGAGUGUUCUGCUUUUGACUUUGAAAAUUUCGUUAUUCAUUGUUGACCCUGAAAGGAUCUCGGAUGUGCGUCACCUGCGCGCUCUGAAUGCUUCGACUGAGCUCAGCCAGGCUGAGUUUGCAAAGAGGCUUCUCAUUCAAGAGAUUUUUAAUCCAUAGGAGUUCCAAUCGGAAUUCCUUUUUUUAGAAGAAAAUGGAGAGGAAACUAGGUCAUCGAUUAACUCUCUCUUUGGGCGUUCUUGUCUUCAUCAUAAUUAUUAGCACCAUCACUAGGUGGUGAAGUCACGAGGGCAUGUGCUUCUAUCGCCUUGCUGACUAACCUUGCUCCUUGUGUAACUCGUGAAGGAGUGGAUGGUAGGAACGGAGAGAUGAUCGGCUGGACGUUAAGAGUUGUGCUCACUAUGCAGUCGAGAUGAGGUAAAUAGAGCGCCUUCUCCUUUUCUAGGUAUUUAUUCAGAAGUGUAAUCUAAAAAAAAUAUGGGAUGAUACUGUCAGAGGUGAACUUGUCGAGUAACAGUCAAGAGUCG